UUCCUUUAGUUCUCGUGAAAUCGCUCGAAGGAUCCUACUUAAAUCUAUAAAUUGGAGAGCCCAUUAUCGUGCUUCUCAAACUUGUAAGAAUUCCUGAGGUGUUUUUGUAAUAUUUCUCGACUCAAUCUUAGUCGAUUGCACUGCUUCCGUACGAAAUUGUCAAAGAAAACAAGCGAAGAUGUCGUUGAUUCCGAGUUCAUUUUGUGGCAGACGAAGCAACGUCUUCGAUCCAUUCUCGCUCGAAAUAUGGGAUCCCUUUAAGAAUUUUCCACUCUCUUCUUCUUCUCUAUCAGGAUCUCAGAUUGCGAGGGAGAAUUCUGCUUUCGUCAAUUCUCGCGUGGAUUGGAAGGAGACCCCAGAAGCCCAUGUGUUCAAGGCGGAUCUCCCGGGGCUCAAGAAGGAGGAAGUGAAGGUUGAGGUUGAAGACGACAGAGUGCUUCAGAUAAGCGGGGAGAGGAAUGUGGAGAAGGAAGACAAGACCAACACCUGGCAUAGGGUGGAGCGCAGCAGUGGCAAAUUCUUGAGGAGGUUCAGGCUGCCAGAAAACGCAAAGAUGGAUCAGGUUAAGGCUGCCAUGGAAAAUGGGGUUCUCACUGUUACUGUUCCCAAAGCAGAGGUGAAGAAACCAGACGUCAAGGCCAUUGAAAUUUCUGGUUGAAGUUUGUAGGAGUCGUCUCCCGUAUUGUCACUGACCUUUUUUCGUUUCUAUUUUUUUUUUCUAAUAAUUAUUGUUUGUAAAAUAAAAUAUAGACGUGGGAAGUGACUAUACGUGUGUCUUUGUGUUUUGAAAACCAUGUGUAAUCAAUUUAAGCUGCCAAUAUUUUGUGUACGAAGCAUCGGAGAAAAUGUCCGUAUAAAUGUUGCUCUAAAUAAAUUUUAAGUAAGUAUUUUAAAAUUUAAA